UUUUGUGAUAUGACUUCAAAGGGUGGUGUUGGUGUGACAGUGAUUGGACAUGACAGUGAAUCAAGAACAUUUGUGGACGGAUAUAAUAAUGCAGGUUCUUACAAGAGAAAGAUUAAAUAUGAAAUUUCCAUGGAGCAGAUUGUUGCCAUUACGACGCAGUCCAAGUAUUGUGAGCAGUUUAUAAAAUAUGAAUGUUAUCAUAGCGUUUUUAGGUUCAGUUCCACAGGUGAAUAUCAAGGUUGGUGGGUAUCACGUCAAGGUUCAAAGAUGAAUUACUGGGGUGGAGCGCCAGUCGACAGUGGAAAAUGUGCCUGUGGAAUGACCAACAGCUGUGCAGGUGGAGGAAACUGUGAUUGUGACAAGAAUGACGAAAUAUGGCGUGAAGACAGUGGAUACCUGACAGACAAGAACACACUGCCUGUUACUGAACUGAGAUUUGGAGAUACUGGUAGAUAUCGGAGUACAGAUGAGCGUGGUUAUCAUACACUGGGAAAAUUACGUUGUUGGGAUUAA